AUGAAAGAAUCUCGUUUAGAUAAAUUAUCUAGACCUAAGACGGCAGUUAAUAGCCAUAUGAAGUAAAUGCUCAAUCAAAAUGAAGAUGAGAAGAAAAAAGAACUACAAAAAAAAGAAAUGAUUAGAGUUUAAGAUGAGAAUGGAGAAUUACCUCUCAUUUUUUAAAAGAAUCCAGUCUUUUUGGUAUUUGAAAAUAAAUUAUAAGCAGAAUUAUUCAAUGCUAGGUGCCAUGAUACAGGCGAACAUAUUUCACAAGAAAAAGCUAAAGUUUUUAAAGAAGAAUUCAACCGCAUUAAUCUUAAGAAAAGCAAAAAUAUCUUAAACUUAUAUUCUAUGCGUUUGGGUGUAAAUUGUAUGAUUACCUUAAGCAAUUUGCUCUAGGAUCCAAAGCUGAAAGAAUUUGACUCUUUGAAUUUAGCUGAUAAUGCUAUUUCAGAUAAUGGUAUGCACUCAAUUAAAUCGAUUAUUGCAAAUACUCGCAUUAAACACUUAAAUUUAUCUUCUAAUAUGAUCAGCGAAGCUGGAUUAGAAAUGAUUGUAGAUGAUCUCAGUAAAAGUGCUGUGCUCAAAAGUUUAGAUUUAGGAGUAUAAGAAGGAAGUAUACGCAAAAAUUCCUUUGGAGUAGAUGGAGCUAAAUGCAUUGCAGCAGUUAUUCUAUAAAAUAAAAAUAUUGAAAGCAUUAGAUUAUAGGACAAUGACGUAGGUAUCACUGGAGGUGAGAUUAUAGGAACAGCAUUAAAAUAAAAUAGAACUCUCAAACAUUUAACUAUAGCUGAAAAUGAGCUUAAAACACCUGGCGCUGAGUUCAUUUUAAAAUCUGCUACAAACAUAGAGUCGUUGGAUUUAGGUAAAAAUUAUAUAAAAUCUGGUAUUGGUCCUACUUUAAAAUCAUACUUAGAAAGUAAUGCUAAUCUAAAAAAAUUAAAUCUUGAAUAUAAUGAGCUACUUGUAUCAGGUACACGUGAUUUGUCUAUGGGUUUACUACUUUCUAGAAAUUUACUUUCUUUAAAUUUAAAAGGAAAUGGAAUAAGAGAUGAGGGAUUGUAGCUUAUCAGCAGAGUUUUAUGUGAUAAUUAUGUUUUAGAAGAGCUGGAUGUCAGUCUCAAUGAAAUUACUCCUAUUGGUAUAAAUUAUUUGGCAGAAGCUCUUCCUAUGAGUAAUAUUAAAGUGCUCAAUUUAAGUAAAAACCUUUUAGGAGAUGAAAGCUUAAUGAUUAUUGCAGAUAAAGCAGAAGGAGCUGAGAAUCUUAAGCUUUAGAGGAUAGAAAUUAACAGUUCUCGUGUUGCUGAUGCAGGCAUUUUGCAUUUCCUCGAAAGAAUAGAGUACUUUGAGAAUAUAAAAUCUAUUAAGGCUAUUGAUAAUUUUAUAUCUGAGAAGAUUGAAAAAAUAUUAUUAGAAAUAUUAGAAAAAAACAAAACUCUUGUUGAGUUUUAAGUAAAUGGUAACAGAUUAUCUCUAUGUUGUUUAAACAGGAUAAAGAAGAUUUUAUAAAGAAAUAACAAAGAGCUCGAAGAACGUGAACCAAAUAAAAUUAGAACAGAAAUAUAUAGAUUAAAAUAUGAGUAGCAAAAGAUUGAGGCUGCAAGAAGAAAAUUAGAUUAGUAAGAAAAGGCGAUAAAUGAAUUAGAAACUCAAAAAAAUCAGCUUGAACAUAAGCUCCAAAAUUUAAAGAAAACAGAAGAACACAAAAGACAAGAGUUGAAUGGAAAAAUUUAAGACUAAAGGGCAGCAAUACAAAAAAAGAAAGACUUGAUAGAUUAAAACAAUGCUAAAUUUGAGUUGCGAAAGAAUGAAUUAUUAGCCGAAUUGAAUAAUUUACAGUAAGAAUAUGAUGUAGCUUAGGUCGAAAGAAAUAAAGUUUUCAAUGACUUAGAAUAAUUAAAUUCAGAUAUUAACAAAAUUGAAGUAGACUUUAAGGAUUAAUUAGAUAACUUAGAAAAUGAGCUUUAAAAGCAAAAAUAAAAAAAAGAAGAAUAUGAUAAAAAGAAUGCUGAUCUUAAUAGUGAGUACUCAUAGCUUCUUAAAUAAGAAAAAGAACUAUCAGAGUAUCUUAAUAGUUUAGAAAAAUAAAAGGCUGCUUAAAAAAAAAGCAAGAAAUAAAAUGCCAGUGUCACAAAAUUGUGA